AUGACCGAUUUUGUCUACCAGGGGGAAGAUUUCGACGAGAGGGUUAGAAAGCAAGUGGAAUUUUACUUUUCAGACUCCAAUUUGCAACAGGACAAGUUUUUAUGGAAGAUCUACGAGUCCAACGAUGGAUGGGUCGAGUUGAAGACCAUUUUGACCUUUGGAAGAAUGAAGCAGUAUAGACCCGAGGAGAAAGUUGUAGACGCGUUGAAGCAGAGUGAAAAGUUGCUUUUAUCUGCCAAUAACGAGAUGAUCAAGAGGAAAGACCCCUUGAAGGAUUUCAACGAAGUCAAGAACAACAAGAAGAAAAACACCGUGCACAUCGAGGGCUUCCCGCACACGCUAACCCAGGACCAAGUUGAGAAAUGGUUCACUGAAAAAGUUGUGCCUUUCUUGCCCAAGCAAAAGGAGCUUUGUUCGAUUAGAAUGAUCAAGACUAGAGCCAAGAAGGAGUUUUUCGGUGUCGUUGAUGUCGAGUUCCACACCGAAGAGGACGCCCAGUAUUUGAUCAACGAUGUCGAGCUCUCUUACGACAACGGGGUCAUCUCGAAAGAAGAGGCUGAAAACUUGGACAAGAAGCAGCUCUUGAAGAAAAUGUCGCAGUUGACUUUCCAGGAGAUGAGAGAGAAUGGCAAAAGAUUUGGUCAAAACGAGGUCACCAAGAGACGCAACAGUUUCAAUGAGAAUAAAGGUAAGAAACACCAAAAGGGCAACAAGGGCAAGAAGUUUGAAAACAACAAUAGAAAAAAAUCGGAAGAUCAAAACAAUGAUGCUGCUGCUGCUGGUGGUGAGAAGGCACAGGGUCUUGAAAAAGUAGCAGAAACGACUGGAGAAGAAGGUGAACAAACAAAUGAGCAAAAAGACGAGAAAUCUAGUACCGAGGAGGGAAACGUCGCAAGUGCAGAUAAAACAGAACCUGCAGCUGCAGACGAUAAGCCUCAAACCAAAGCAGAUGGGUUGCCUACUGAAGUUUCAUCUACCAAGAAAGAUGUAGAAGCUGAUGCGUAA